AUGCGAGCAUUAUGGUCCCAGAUUCCCCGACCCAGAGUAGGAGGCUUUCCAUCCAUUUCUACCCAUGUCACCAAUGACCCGGCGGCGGCCAUUCUGGUCCGCAAAACUACCACGGCUCCCAUCAGGAGACGCCUGACAUUUAACGAUGCCUUCACCCUCCUUCUCACUCCUGUCCUCGCCACCGCUUUCGUCGUCGACACCAGCUGGAAGGAAAAGCAGCGGAAGGAUUGGGAUAAGAAACUAGCCGACAUUCAAAAUGAGAUAGACCAACUCCACGCCCGAGAGCUACGAAUUCGGAGCUCUCUGCGGAUUCACUCCAUGUCCGGCGGCCUUUUGCGUCAACAAAGACAUUAUUCGGCUUCUGCAGCUCCUGAAACUAGUUGGGAGCAGCUUGAUAGUGAAGGUGAUGAGGACGAGAUUGAAGCUCCGCCUUGGCUCCAGGAGAACGAUUUAAUAGCGGAAUUCGAAAAUACCAAAUCUAGCCCAUCAUCCACCUCCGACCAGCCACCUCCUUCUGACCCUGAGUCUGCCAGGUCAUAUUCUGAUCAAGACAUGUCAGCAGCGCACCGCUAUCAUCGCCUCGUCGCAACAAUGCUGGCUAUCAGGCUCAUUACGCAUUUUCACGUCGUCACAAAAGGUUAUCUCAAACAAGUGCCAGACGACUUAAUUGAAGACACCAGAGGCACAGCGGGGUUUCCGGACGUUAAAGAUUUGCCCUGGCUGGUUGAAAUGAAUCACAAGCUUAAAUCGGAGCUUUUUUCGCUAAGGCGUGCUUAUCCCGAUUUAAAUGGGCUAGGAAGCCAGAUCGAUCAAUUCUACCAUGAAAGUCCUCUCCAUGCGAGUAUUCUGUCUUUGGUCAACGACUUCCGGAAUCAGAAACUUGAUCGUUAUGAAUUCGUGCAAGGCUACGCCAAACUCGUGUUGAGUUCGAAGCACGUCCCUUGCACUCAAACAUAUGUCUCGAUGCUGAAAGCACUGGGCAGGGCCGGACACGAUAGCUUAGCCUACUAUGUCAUCGCUGCAUUUAACAGUAGCAAGCUGCCACUGACUGACGAAGCCGUAAGCCACAUGCUACUUUCAUUUGGCAGAGCUCGUGACUCGACGCAAUUCGACAAAUUUCUUCGCGGAGUUGUUCAAUCUCGCUUUCCACAACACAACCUUGUCGGGAAAUGGCAGCUUUACAUGUCCAAAAAUGGUGCAAUCCCCGUGCCAGAAAACUUAAAUCCGUUCAUUUUACAAGCCCUAAUAUACAUGGCACUGAGGACCAAACAAACCGCUCGAGCUGAGGUAUGGUGCUCCUUUCUGGAGGAGAUGAAUUUCGCCAGUCCCAAUGCAUCGUAUCUGUUCUCAUCCUUUUUGCAUGCCUAUGCUCUUGGCCAGCACUGGGACGCAGGCCUCCUGUGGCUGAGGAGAUGCGUCCAUUAUGCUACCUUGCUUGCCUCACAAUCUAUCGACGCUUUGAGCCGGGUCAUCUUCAGAAUGCUGGAUCUUUGCGUGGCUUGCAGAAGACUCCCUGAAUACACCACAAUCCUCGAUGCCGCUGUCAACGCCGGCAUUCCCCCCCCUGCGGCUCACCGCUACCGUCCGUCAAAGUUUACACCCAGAGCGCGCAAUAUUCUACUGGAAUGGAAGUCCCUAGUGGUCCCUUCAAACGAACUUGAUUUGCUCACGGAUCGUCAAAGGGUUCGAAAAUUCCAGAAACUAUGCACACUGCACAAGCCCGACGUUUCAGAAACGCUAUCUGAGACCUGUCAGAACUCGGAGGAUGAGCUUGUGAUAAAUCCUCCGAACAAGAAAUUUUUUCGAUACGCUGUCUCGAAAACGGAUCAACCUUCUUCCACCCACGGAGACGCCAUCUGGGACACAACGCGUUCGCAGCUUAGAUAUAUACAAGCAUUGUCUAAACAACAUCAAACUGAAAUCCUAUCUCUGAAAGGACAAAUUGAACUCGCCCGGAAGGCUAUACGGCCUUUGCAGCAGGACCUCGAUGCCACACAGAAACGAGAAAUAGACCAGCGUCGACUCAUAGUCAGCCUCCAAAAUCGGCUGGCCGAGUCCCAGACCGCGUUGGAGAGCUUGCCCGCAACUUUGUCAUCUCUAAAGUCGAUGCAAGCAGAGAUUGCGGCA